GUCAAUCCUCGUUGACUCCCUGUUUGUCCACAUUUGUGCACAUCAACAACGGCCAUAGUAAAGCAGCAGUACCUUAUUUUCUCCAAAUAAUUACCAAACUAGCCCUCCAAAUACUACCAUGCGAUUGUCAAAAACACCUGAGAAGUGCUCAAGAGUGAUGCCAUUUUAAGAAUCCCCCAAAAAAUCUCGCCAAAUUUCAAAAACUCUUCGUCAAUAUCACCAUAGUAACUGGUAGAUAACCUCAAAUUUACAAAAUCCGUCUGAAUUGCCCAGUGCAGUCGCAAAGGGAUUGUUUCUAAUAAAUAAUGUCAGGCAAAGGUAAAUUGACGACUAAAAAGACUCCGAUUAAAGUGCGUGAGAGUGUCAAUAAAGUUCAGACACCAGUUCAAAGUUCUGAGACAAGUGCGGACUCUCCAGAGAUGUCUUCAGCCCUGCCAGUGAUAAAACUGUGUGACAACAAUAAAUUAUUACCGAGGUACACGAGUAUCCUGCAACGGUCAGUGGAUGAAGGUGUGGGAAUGGAAGAUCUCGAUACACUGCAGCUGGAGCUUGAGACACUUCUGUCAUCUGUAGUUGUGAGAAAUCGAAUGCUCCAGGAGGAGAUCUCCUGUCUCUCGUCAGCUGAGGAGAGACGAGAUAAAAGAUCAAAGAGUGGAAAGGGACUGUCGCCCUUUGACAAGAAAAUACGCGAUGAAAAAUCGAGGACCAAAGACAUAAAUAUCAAGACACAGUCACCAUUACCAGCUAAAUUAUUCAAAGCAAAGUCAACUGGUACUUCUUCCAAUCAAAUUGUUCCCAAUCCCCACGAGAUAGUGAGAGUCGAGAGCUCCAAAACGGAUAUACCAAAGCUCCUGCUGCCUAAAAACGACACAACCAAUAAAUUCUGGGCCUCGGUGGAUCCUUACUGCUCUGAUAUCAUGCCAGAUGACAUUAAACUCCUCGAGGAGCUAAUUGCCUCUCACGCAGACAUUGGAGAUUUCAAAAAAAUUCCACCUCUGGGUAGACACUACAGUUACGUCUGGGCGCACAGUGAUCUGCUCCAGGAAGAGGACGCUGGCAAUGCCAACCGAGACAAGAAGAAGGCACGAUCCGAUAUCUCAGGAUUACUCGCCAAGGCUGAUAAGAAAGUCAAUGGCCUGGCUGGACCACUGACACAGAGACUGGUCUCUGCUUUGUUGGAGGAAAAUGUUUACGUUGCCAAUAACAACAGUGAUAACAAAUUAUUCCGAGAUGGGGAUCCACCGGUACUUAGGGAUUUAUCCAUACAAAAUUCUAUGAAUUUGGAGUUGAGAAUGCACAAGGAGUUAGUGGAACAGGGAAUCCUCGAGCCCGAUGUAAACAGAAAGAAUCAGGAGGACGACGAGAUUCUUGCAGAGAUCAAGAGGUGUCAGCAGGACCUCAUGGCACUGUCUAGUCAUAAUGUUACACAAUUGAAAAGACUUCUGAAUCUAGCCCAGGAGGAGAGCAAACGUCAGGCACUUAAAAGAAAAAUCAGCGUUGCUGAUAACGAGGUCGUUGAUCACUAUAAAAAAUUGAUUCUAUCGAAGCAGAGAAAGGCACCCCUCACGAGGAAGGAACAAGAGAAAGCCUGGAGCUGCCUAAGGGAGAGAGAGGGACUUCUUCAACAACUCAAUGGACUACCGUCCAAUAGCAUCGGUGAACCUGUCAAUCAUGCCGUUAAUUUGGCUUCGUAAUUCGGCACUGAUUCUGAUUUAUUAAAGACUAUAUGGAGGAAUUCAUUUGUGAACUGAUUGUAUAAAAAAAAUUAUCGGAAUAAAAUUAUUGUAUGAGCAAGUUAAUGAAGAUUGUUGCCUCUGUAAUUUUGUCUGCCAUUAUUAAAAUUGAUUCGAUCACUACAUAGACGGUAUCUCGAUGGUUUCUCCGUCUUAAAGAAAUAUUUUACAUUCCCAAUACAUUUUACUUUUUUUUUAUUGCAAAGCUCAAACUUUCGUUUAAUUAAAAAUUUAAUACGUCGUUGACGAAUGUCCUAUUGUGCAUGUCAUAAAAACCAGUGCAUAACUCUUCAAAGGAUUAAUUCAAUCAACUGUUCAUAUAACAGCAUUAAUUUCACGACAUGAAUAUUUAUUCGAUAAUCACUGUACAGAUUCCUCGCAAAGAGUUACCGUAGAGAAUAAUCGUGCGCACGGGCAAGUUUUUCAACAAUGAGUCUUUUCGAGUAACAAAACCGCGAGAAGUUUCAUUUGAUCUCAAAAAAAAAAAAUUCAUCCAAGGUGGAAUCGGUGCCGAUACAUGAGAAUAUUAGUAUUGCUUCGAUACUUCUGAUAAACUUUGGUAUUUGUAUGGGCUAAUAAUAGUAGUGAGGCUGUCUUUAAAAUUGAUUACUGUUACAUUACAGAACAAUUUUCAUAAACCUAUUUUCGAUUCUCUCAAUACAAUGACAAUUCAGUUUUCAUGUUGUUUAAUUUUUUUGUUUUACUUUAAUAACAAUCGUGAGUUACGCUACAUGAUUUUUUCUUUUCAUUCAUUCGGUAGGCCAUGAAAUGAUUACGAGCUUGUGAGGCUCGGAAGUGGUUGGAGCGGUGAACGUGACGGCAACAUUAUGAUUUUAAAUAAAUCGUCAAUGAUGGUGGCAUCGAUGUUAUU